AUGGUCGCUAUUCUGUCUUACUGCGGAAGCUCGAUUCUGAUGACUGUAACAAACAAAUAUGUUCUCGGCGGGCGAGACUUCAAUUUGAACUUCUUCCUCCUCUGUGUUCAGAGUCUGAUUUGUCUUGUCACAAUCGAAAGCUGCAAACGUGGAGGUCUAAUCACAUACCGCGAGUUCAACAUGGAUCAAGCCAAGAAAUGGUUCCCAAUUUCUGCACUUUUGGUCGGCAUGAUCUACACAGGUUCCAAAGCCCUUGCAUAUCUCACUAUCCCGGUCUACACCAUCUUCAAGAAUUUGACCAUCAUCUGCAUUGCCUACGGCGAAGUGCUUUGUUUCGGCGGUUCAGUGACACGCAUGGCGCUGAUGUCGUUCGGCUUGAUGGUAUUGAGCUCAGGAGUGGCGGCAUGGGCUGAUGUGAAGACACCGGCUCAACCUACUGGAACCGCAAGUGAUGGCGGCUUGCUCUCUAUGUUCAACCCAGGCUAUGUCUGGAUGGCAUUCAACUGUGUCUGCAACGCCGUCUUUGUUCUGGCUAUGAAGGUUCGCAUCAAGGUGACCAACUUCAAGGACUUCGACACCAUGUAUUACAACAACCUCUUGAGUAUUCCUAUUCUUCUGGUGUUUUCGCUGCUGUUCGAGGACUGGUCAUCGGCCAAUGUUGCUCUGAAUUUCCCAGCUGACAAUCGCACGUGGGUGAUCAGUGCAAUGAUCAUCUCUGGGUUGUCCUCAGUCUUCAUCUCGUAUACAUCCGCUUGGUGUGUACGUGUCACUGGCUCAACAACGUACUCUAUGGUUGGUGCUCUGAACAAGCUACCUUUGGCGAUCAGCGGUCUGUUGUUCUUUGGCAAUCCUGUCACCCUAGGUGGAUGCACUGCCAUUGCUCUUGGAUUUGUGAGCGGUCUGGUAUAUGCCUAUGCGAAGAUCAACGAGAAAAAGGCCAAGGAAGCAGACAUCCUGCCAAUGACCAAGAUGCCAGCGUCAAGAGGAUCUUGA